AUGCACCGCCUAGGCACCCUCGCUCACUCACAUCUACCUGCGCUCGGCACCUCGCUCACCGCAGCUGCCCAGGCCGCCACGGCGAUCGCCGCACCUGUCAUGCCUUCCUUGAGCGCAAACUCAUCCGACCCAUGGCAGUCACUCCACGUUCAUGUUCUACCUCUGUUCAACGGCGAGCCGCUUCGGGUGCCUAUCGAAGACCUCAAUCAGCUUGUCAAGCGACACAUCCAGGCGGUCGUCUCGCAGUCCCCGUCAAAAGCGCUCGCAGUCCUCGAGAACGACGCCUCAGAGCUCAUCGCGUCGGGCAUGGUCACUUUGAAUGCCAAGCUCGCGGAGAUUGACGAUGAGAAGCUCGUAGGACGCGUAGUCGAGCUUUGGGGGUUCUUUUGGGACCAAGUGUUGCCAUAUGUUGAAGGCGCCCUACUGCCCUUACAGACUGAGCCCCUGCUAUCUUCCCUGUAUCGGCACCCGAAAACACACAAACAAAACACCUCGCCUAUAUCAGGGACCAACGGCAAAGGCUCAAUAUCAUCCCUCGUGAUGCAGUCGAGCUCGCAGAUCGAUGUGCGGACCGUUGCCCUGCAGUCCUUCCGCGACCGCGUCAUCGACCCAGUGCACAAGCGAAUGAGUAAACGGAUCGAAGCGACGCGAGAAGACAGCAUCCCCGAAAGCCCAAUUUCGUCGCAGCCUCGGCUGCAGCAAAUGCUCCUCGUGCUCGUAUCGCAGCGCUCCCGCCGUCCGAUCUCCUUUUCCCUCACCCCUGAACCCCAAGAGCCAACGGCAGGCGAGGCCGCCGUGCAGCUUCUCUUGCGCGCUGUGCGCGUGCCCCUUGCACAGACUGGCCACGGCGCACGGCGUUCGAGUGGUGCGCCGUCGUUCCUUUCCGCAGGGCAGCCGCGCGACCGCCGGGGACGCAUCGCGCAGAAGCAUGAGCGACGCAGUAGCGGCGCGCGCCGCGAGAGCAUAGACGAGGAGGACGAAGGGAGCGACGGCGCGGGCAACCCUCCGCGCGCACGGUUCGCUGUCUUGGACGACGAGAUCAGACAGCAGAAGGACUUCCUAGACUCGCUCAGGAGUCCUGGUCCUGAGGCAACUCCCACGACCGGGGGAUGGGGUCUCGGUGUCACAGGCGAGGGAAAGGCUCAGGAAGAUGACGACGACGAUACUAUGGAUUGGGAUCAGGCGCAGGCUGUGGUUGAACGCAUGGUCGGUAUGAAUACCCUGCAGGAUUCCCGAAGGCGAGGCACAUAG